GUUAUGCUGUCAAUAUUGCUACACUUGCAGAUGUGAAAGAGAAUGUUUUGAAAUAUCUGGAUGUAAUCGCUCGAUCUAAUGCUUUACAAGAUGAUGCUUAUUUUGCGUGGACUGGAGUGACUGUGCUUCAGUUCGACUUAAAGAGGUUGAAACGUGAGAAUUUUUCAAAUCCUUAUAUUAUGAAUAUUCCACAGCGCUCAUUUAUGAGUGGUUUUAUGCAAAAUAUGCUUAUUGAGCCAGACCCCAUCAGAAUUGAUACUAUGAUUGCUUCUAAAGAAGAACUUCCUAAAAUGUAUACAUCAGUAGCAAAAGCUGUUUACGAUAAAACAAAAAAGGCGAAACGAUUGAAGGAGGGAAAUCUAUUAGGAGUGGCUGGAGUUGAUGUGCCGAUACAGUCCUUCCGAGAUACCUUACGUGGAUGGAAGAUUGGUGUCAACAAUUAUUUAUUCGCUGUCGACAACAAUGGAUUUAUCUUGUUUCAUCCAAAUUAUCGACCAGUUUAUAAAGCUCUUUUGAAACGUUACUAUCAAAAUGUGGAUAUUAAUGAAGUUGAAGUUGUGAAGAAUGUUAAAAUCGAUCCCUGGACUGGAACACCGGAUUAUAAUACUUCUUUACGAAAUGCAUUGAUUAACAGGGAAAAAGUAUCAGUUGACAUGGAUACCAACAUUAUAGUUGAUAAUUUACAAUAUAAAGUGUAUCAGCCAAGACAGUUUCAACAUAUUUAUACUAAAUCAUCUUAUAGUAAGUCUUUAAAGCAUACUAUGUUUGAAGCAAGUCGAAAGUAUUUUACAGCACCAAUUAGUAAAACACCUUUCACUCUGGGUCUAGCAGUACAAUGGGAUAGAACCAAUCAAAAAGGUUAUCCUAUACCAGAUUAUCGAUUCGAGACAAAGAAGUUAUUUGAAAAUCUACAAAUGAGUGAUUUUAGCUGUUUAGCUCCAAAGUACGGUGAACAAAGUGUUGAUUGUAAUUCUCAUGGUAAUGACAGUCAGAUUGGAGCAACAAUAAUUCCAUAUGAAUUUUGUCAAUUUAACAAGGAUUUGGCAUCAUUGUAUCUGACUGAUCGUCUAUGUGCACUUAGACAAGUUCUAAUCAAUGCAUCAUCCUUGAUCAACCCAUUGAAAUGUGAUGAAGAAUAUCUUGGUCGAAUAUACUUAGAUGCAAAAGAAACUCGUGAUCUACCCGACUACUGGCGUAAACAGUCUAAAAGUCCACUGAUUUCAAAAUGGAAAAUUCAACAAGCAUUUUCAUUUCAUCACAGUGGAUUAAUUCGCUUUUAUAAUUUCACAUCACCAGCAUAUCCCAAUUUCAUUACUGAUCAUAUUGGUGGAGUUGAGGAUCCAUUGUUUGCAGAGACUGUUCAAACUAGCCGAUACCUAUCAGAUGACAAUGUUUUGUGUUUCAUACACCACCGAAUGAUUUAUUUCGUCAUUUCUCCAGUGAAAAACUUCAAGUCCCUGUUACUAUGA